AGUUGAUUUAGGGUUAGGGGAAUUGCAGUGAAGACUGCUCAAAAAUCGAUCGAUCAAUAUUUGAUUGUUGUUCUGUGCUGUGCAGUGCUGUGCUGUGCAUAGAUAUAUACAUUACAUACAUAGCCACAAAUAUGGCUAUGUGUGUUGAUUCUUUGAAGGAGGAGGCGCCGACGAAUGUUUGAGACGCCAUGGACAAAAGACUUGCCGUGUUUCUCGUUGCUCUUUUCUCCGUCUUCGCAGCGGAUUAUUCGGAAGGGAAUAGAAAAUUAGCGAAGCAGAGCAUUCUGGAAAAUGAUUUGCAGGCUGAGAGAGAGGGACUUCCAUUGAAAGCAUUAACAGAAGUGAAAGAGUCUUGUUCGAAUAAGCUCGAAAAGGCGACUGAAACUUCUGCUACAACUCCAAGAAGGUAUUUGCACGGCCAGCAUACAUGGAGCAUACUUCGAACUACAUCUGCAGAUUCUGCUUCGUCUCCGAGUCCUUCAUUGUCGCCAACACCUGGAGGAAACAUUUUUGCACCCUCUCCAUCUCCAACUCUGAUGUCCUUGGAUAAGGCUGCCGAUCAAUCUCUCUCAACAUCAAAGGAACCUUCACAAACAAACAAAGAUGUACAGAAGUAUCUUAUGAUCACUCUGAUUUUAAUUAUAGUUCUUGGACUUGUUGUCAUAGCUAUACUGUUAGUUCUCUGUGUUAAGAGCUCGAAGGAAGGGUCGAAAGGUGGGGUAAGAGACGAGAAGCCUCUUCUCGACUUCAGCUCGAGUGAUGCUUCAACAAGUCCGAAGAAGUCUCGUAUCAUCAUUGACAAUUCCAAGAGUGAAGCUAUCGAAGUUGCAUCGAACACCGGCAGUUCAUUGGAUGCUAACCAUGAUCUUCCUCAAGUUGGACCUCAGACGAUGGAAGCUAACUAUGAUCUUCCACAAGCUGGACCUCAGAAGAUGGAAGCUACAGCAGAAUCUGCAAGAAAUACCAAAGCAGCAUUGCCAAUUCCUCCCGGAAAGAGAACUUCUCCCGAAGCAGCAUUGCCAAUUCCUCCCGGAAAGAAAACUUCUCCUCCACCACCCAACCCACCUCCAGGACCACCACCACCACUGCCUCCUGUGAAGUCUCCUGCUGCUCCUGCUGCACCGCCACCUCCUAAAAUGGGUCGACAUCCUCCAAAUCCACCUCAAAAUGGAAUACCAUCAGCUCCUGAACACCAUCGUCGGCGUUCUUCUUUAGGCGGUGGAUCCCCUGGUAGAUCAAGACCUCCAAAAACCAAAUUGAAGCCAUUGUUUUGGGACAAAGUUCUUGCGAACCCCGAUCAUUCCAUGGUUUGGGAUAAUAUUCGUGAUGGAUCAUUCCAAUUCAAUGAGGAGAUGAUGGAAACACUCUUUGGAUAUUUCGCAGCGGAUAUGAACAAGAAUGAGAAGAAGAAAGACUCACCUGCAUUCGACAAUACACCACAAUACGUUCAGAUCAUCGAUCCCAAGAAAUCACAAAACUUGGCGAUCCUUCUAAAGGCAUUGAAUGUCACAACCGAACAAGUCUGCGAUGCCCUCAAAGAAGGUCAUGAGCUCCAGCCAGAGCUAGUCCAGACUUUGUUGAAGAUGGCGCCGACAACCGAUGAAGAACUAAAGCUGAAGUUAUAUAAUGGUGAGCUUUCUCAACUCGGCCCGGCCGAGAGGUUUCUCAAGGCCCUGGUCGAUAUCCCAUUCGCCUACAAACGUUUGGAAGUGGUGUUAUUCUUCACCACAUUCGAUGAGGAGUUUCCUUCCCUCAAAGAGUCCUUAUCAACAUUAGAGGUUGCCUGCAAUGAGCUCACAAACAGCAGACUCUUCUUGAAACUCUUGGAAGCUGUUCUUAAAACGGGUAAUCGAAUGAACGACGGCACGUACCGUGGGGGCGCUACAGCCUUCAAGCUCGACACACUCUUGAAACUAUCAGAUGUGAAAGGAGUAGAUGGAAAGACAACUCUACUGCACUUUGUCAUUUUGGAAAUAGUCCGGUCGGAAGGUGUGAGAGCUGCUCGAAGAUUGAAAGAGCGCCAAAGUGCAUCAUCGAGUUCAGACAGCAUCAGCAGCAGUGGCGAUGACGAUUCUUUGCAAGAAACUGAAGAAUACCAUCGGAACCUCGGGCUUCAAGUGGUCUCUGGGCUCAGCCACGAGCUUGAGGAUGUAAAAAAGGCCUCUAUCAUUGAUGCACAGGCUCUAACAGAGACAGUGUCGAACCUCAAUCGAACCCUCGCCAAAACAAAGGAGUUUGUUGAAAAAGAGAUGAAAAGUGUCAAAGGAUGCGAUGAUCACUUCCGGGAGGCUGUUACUAAUGCAAUCAAUGAAGUGGGAUCGGAUAUGGAAUGGCUGGUUGCAGAGGAGAAAAGGAUUAUGAGUUUGGUGAGGAGCACAAGAGACUAUUUUCAUGGAAAGUCUUCCAAGGAUGAUGCGCCGCACCUAUUUGUGAUUGUUCGAGAUUUCUUACAAAUGCUGGACAAUGCUUGCAAGGAUUUUUCGAAGACGGCUAAGGACAAGGCUCCAUCUUCCUCGUCACCAUCUGCCUCGCCUAAUGGUCAAGAUUCAGAUUGUUCUGAAUCUUCAUCGGAUAUCCGCAAACAGUUAUUUCCAUUGAUGAGGGAGAAGCAGAAGGAUGAUGGAUUCAGCUCCGAUGAUGAACAUAAUUAG